GAUGUUGUUUUGUGUUGCUGCGGAACUUUGUCAUAUAUUUUUUAUUUAUUAUUCGCAUGAAGAGAUAAAGUGGCACGGUGCUCUGACACCUCAGCUCCGAUCCGUGGAAACCACUCAGCAGGGCCUCUAUAUAUUCGGCUCUCUAUAUUAAGGCUAUUAUAUUGUAUUUGGUAGACAUUUAAAAACUCGCUCGAGAACAAUACCCGACAAAUGUACACUACACUUUACAGAAUUGGCACUUCAAUAACUGGCUAAAACGUUGAUGUCAUUUAAAAAUAUACAUAUACCAUUUCAAGAAACAUACUUCUCGGCUGAAGCUUCGUGUGCAGAAGCGGAAAAAAACUGCUUCGGGGUUUUCGAUUUUGCCAACAAAAAUGCCAAGUUAUCGCUUUCUACGAGCUACAUUUGACUGUUUGCAGAUUGUCUCCGUGGUUCCUGCUACAGACGAAUCAAGGGGGAGAAAAAAGUCAAUAAAACCUGAUUAGGAAAUGUGGUUCGCAAACCUCUUCUUUGUGUCAGUCAAACAUACAGAUGUGCAUCCUGUCUUUACUGUACCUGGUCCCUUUAUACCUGGACUGUGAUCAUCCAAUGACAUUUUAUUGUAACAGGUAUUUUCAAUGAGACCAACCUCAUCUUUCAAGAAAAACCUGUGUACAAGGAAGAAAAAAAAGUAUUGAAAAAAAUAAUAGUUCCUCUUGAACAAUUAGGAAUGACCCUCAGAACGACUAAGUACGAUCCGACACGACAGUAGUAGCUGCUCCGGAGCUUUUGUUCAUCUCGCACACAUCGACAAUUCACCUUUCAGACUCGGCUUCUUGAGGACAACGUGGACCAGAAGACAUUUCUUAAGGACUGCACGAAUGCUGAACAUGCUGAAGCGAAUGGGUCGCGUUUCUCAACACAUUCAACUUUUCGAUCGUGUUGACUCCAGAGCGAAGUGAGUCUAAUCCUGCUUCAUGCAUUCAAACAUACAGUAGUGUGAACAAGCCGGGUGUGACGCACAAAUAUUUGGGGCGCACGCAAACACACACACACAAAUAUUCACUCGCGCCUCUCACUGUUGUCAGACUGGUUUUGCUCUCACGAACAGAGCCACACCCUCUGAGACGCACAUGCUCUCCCCCUCUCACCUCCACACAGGCCAGGUGCAGGGAGCAACAGGAGGGGGGAGGAGGAGGAGGGUCAACAUCCCACACCACCACCAGCCCCGAGGGGGCGGAGCAAAGAGAGGAUGGGGGGGGAGGGAGAGGAUGAAGGGAACAUCUGAGGCUCAGAGUGACAUGCUGCUCUGACGGCUCAGCACAGGUAGGAACAGCUAAUGAACUUCUCAGCAGUUUUCGGUUCCACGCUCACAGAUUUCCGCCCCGCGCUCGAAUUUUUCCUCUUCUAUGACCGUGGAAAUAUCUGACACAGGUUUGAACCAGUCCGAUGUGCACGGCACCGGGGGUCAGGAGGUGGACGUCUGCUCGCAGCAGCAGAUUCUGAGCACAGCCAUGGUUGGUGUGGUGGAGGGAGCGGCGCUGUUGUGUGCGUGUAAACUGGCCUGCAGUCUUCUCUUCCUGCCCUCGCUCACGACCUCCUACAGCCCCGUCAGCUUCUGCUGCUGCUGCCUACUGAUCUUCACCGACUUCCUGGUCACAGUUUUCCUGAGCCUCCUUUGUGUCUUCGAGUCCUGGGUGACUGCACCGACCCUACUCGGUGAUGUCAUCGCGCUGCGUUUCCUGCUGUUUCUCAGCCACACGUAUGGAACCGUGCUUCUCCUGACCACACCGCUGAUCGCUGUGGAGACUCUGACCAGACUGCUGUUGCCUCCCUCUGUCGUCCCUCACCGGGCCGCGAGUCAGUCGGCGGACGAUGAUGGACAGCAUUGUUACACUGGAGAGGAGGAAGAGGAGGAGGAGGAGGAGGAGGAGGACAGCAGCAACCCGGACAAAGACAAAGACAAGGUGUCGUCUCAUGUUGUCGGCUACCUCUGCUGCCUGUCGGUGUGGGUUGUCGUCGCCCUGGAUGUCAGGUGGCGAUGGAAGCUGCAGGAAGAGUGGGCUGCUGCCUGUCUGCACAAAACCAACUCCUUCAUCAGAUGUUUACCCAACUUGUUCAGCCCCGUACCCAGCGCUGUGAAUCCCUGCUGGGGCAUGGCCUUCCUCUCCCUUCUCCUCGUGCUCCUGACCACAAGCACGGGCCUGCUCAGGCGACGCCGGUCCGCUGCGCGCACGGAGGGGAAGCCCCGGACGAAACGUGGACUCAACAAUAACGGCGACAGUUGCCGGCAAGACCUCGCUCCAGCCCGGUCCGCUCCCUCCACGCCUGUGAACCGUGGGAUGUCAGUGUCGGAGUCAGCACAGCGUGUUGACCCAGAGAAAACAGAGAGCAGCUGCACCGUUCACAGAACAUAUCCCUGGAACAUUGUGCAGAUGUUGGCGCGUCACCAUGGAGACUUUGUCCUCAUCUCCCCCGGGUGUUUGUCUGCCGAGCGGGGAGGACGCGAACGCGACGGGACAAAGAGAGGUACGCCUCUGACAUUGAUCACGGCGGGACACGAGGGCUCACAACGCCGGGGACAGUUUGGUCGGCUACAGUGGGGUUUUCCCUGCCUGUGGCUGGAUGUAAUGAUAGGGUCCGUGAGUGUGCUCGCCAUCUUUGUGCUGCCUCUGAACCUCAGUGUGAACAUUCUUCUGAUCCGGACUAUAGAGAUUCUUCUGGAGCUGUUUGUCCGAUCCGUACUUUCAUAUGCAGCCAACAAAAGCGACACAUCGGACUCUUACCAUGACACAUUGGUGUGAAACCCACGCCGGUGAGAUGCCGAUUUUGCAACAGAACCAGCAGAUUGAUAUUGCUCGUGUGCAGACCGCAGGUCUACCUGUCAACACUGGUUUGAAUAUAGUGUAAAUAGGCCUUUCAGAGCAGCCAAUCACAUAUGUUGAAAUAAUAUGUUGAGACUGCUGAAAGGCGCUGAAGAGGCAGGCUGAGGCCUGCCCGACCGAGAGACACUAAACCCGACUCAAACAGAUGGCUGGAAGGUUCUUCUUUUACUAUUCAGAGCCUCGAGAUCAGCCUUGAUUUGUCAUCUCACAGAGGGGUUACAGGAGCGAGCCGGUUUAAUGAGCCUAAUCCAAGGGGCAAACAGUGUUUUGAAAAAAAACCAGCCCCGAUGUGAAGUGUGCUGACGCGGCGCCACUUAAAGCCUGCGAGAUGCAACCCAUGUAUAAAUAGUGAGCGAUCAGACGACGCACCGCAGAUUUUGUUACCCGCCUCUGUGGUUUUUGUGUGUGUCGGUUUAAAGAGCGAUCUCGUUCGGCUGUAAGAGGUGGAAAGUAACUAAAGAUGGAGUCACUGAAAUGUGUUUACAGGGUGCAUCUGAAAGGUGUAGUUAUUUUUCAGAUUGGGAUUGUACAUAAAAAAAAACUCUAUUAUGUGUUUAUAAAAUACAAUGUCUUGUUAGAGAGUGAACCAGCAGCUCUCCACCCGUUUGACAUUUGACCAACAAUCAGUGUCAGGUUGGGGCUGGAUGAGUCUACCAGUUGUUAACAAGUUUCCCCAAAGAGACAUUUUUUUUCUCUGAACAUCUUAGGUUGUUCUAUUAAAAUAACUGUCAGAGGCCUAAACAAGACAAUUCAUCACAUAUUUCAGAAAGGAAAAGCAUAAAUACAAACCCCUCUGGAAAAAGUUAGAGGGCAUCUGCACCAACAUUCAUAUUGAUAAUCGUCUGCCAUUUCCAUCACUCGGAAUAGAUACCGGGAGAACACGAUUCCCUUCCAUGUUUUGGGUGAAGCAGUUCCUCUGUGCCGUAAACCGAGGCGUCACUUUUCCGCAAACCCUGCGUCCCGGUGGCAAAGAGAUAUUAACAUGGUGACAGCAAAGCUGAUAUGGGACCAAUAACCACCCUGUCAUCAACGUUUCACAUUUAUCUAUAUUUUUAGGUUUGCAGUUGUAAAUAUUAAUAAUCAGCUUGCGAAUGGAUGCUGGCCCAGAUGCUGAGAUCCUCCAGAAGGUAUAGUCGUCUAACAGUUUCCCUAAUGAACUAAAGUGCUAAAAAAGCAAACAAGAGAAAUGUAUGCAUCACUUUGAUGCCGAGGACAGCUUUGUUGUUGUUGUUAUCGUUUUAUCAUCUGUAACAUCAGAGGUAAAGAUUUCCUCCUAAAGUGAAAGUGUAAUCUGUGAGUGCUGAAGUCUGGUCCUCUGGAGGUGAGCGGGGACACUAGACGUCAACACCAGAGGGCACUCUGGUACAAGAACAGCUCAGAGCGACUGACACUCUACACCUCCAGGUUGCUCGAGCUUCAGGAUUGUAACAGGAGACGCAUGAAGGGGAUUCAGGAAACAAAAGGAGGCCUUUUUUUUUUUUUUUUUUUUCAGGUUGUCUUAGCGGUGAUGGAGCCAGGGGCCUGCACCUCCUCGUCUUUCAAGGUGCCUGUGCAGACAAAUACUCAAACUGCAGCACACGUCGUCAUAAAUACCACGUUCCUCUGCAUGUGUGUUCAUGCUCCUUUUUCUUUCCUUUUUGAAAAGUCAGACACUGUUAAUACCCCGAUGCAUCCAAAGGCAAACUAUUGCUUUCAAGACUGACACGUUUCUGCUGAAGAGUGUGAGAGCAGACUUAAGUUUAAUGAACUUAGAGUGAUGAUGACAUAAAAGGGAAAUAUCCCAGUUUCUGUAAGUUUCCUCAGUCAUGAAACUGUAACUGUAUUCAGUGCAGGAACUGUGCUCUGAAGGUAAAUACAAGUUGAGAUAAAUAAUA